UCAACCCCACGCGGUGGGUUGACUUAUUUUAGAAACAAAACUGCAAUGAAUAUUAAAUAAUAGGCAGUAACGGCUUUGAAUAUUAGAACCUCGAGCAUUAUUGCUACAUUUCAAGAAACAACACAUAACACAAUAUGGCUUCAGGAUCGUUACAAUACGAUGCAGCGGUUGGUGGUCCGGUGAAGCUGCCGGACGAUAUUGAUUCGCUGAAGUUCAAUGAAGAACGAGUCACCGAGUUGAAAUCCUUGCUCCGUAGUGUAGCGAGUACGGAGAACCAGACCAUGCUUAUGCACCAAGCUCUGCCACUUCACAUGCGCCGAAGAGCGAUGAGCUACAACCCUAAGCGACUGCCAAGAAAGUUUCGCGGUAUUCAUUUAGCCCAAUACAGUAAGAGUGGAAUUCCGGAACGGAGAAAACGACCAUCGAGGAAGUAUAGGAGAAAAGCAAGAAAUCUUCUUAAAGAGUACGAAAGACGUAAGCGGUCCAAUGUCUGGUUGGAAACUCAUAUUUGGCAUGCAAAGCGAUUUCACAUGACGGCCAAGUGGGGCUACAAGAUCCCAUACACAGCAACUAAUAAAGGAUACAGAGCAUGCUAUCGAGCAACGGCGAAACACUGCCUUCUACAGGAUAUUUCAUACUACGGAUGCAUCGAAAUUCAAGGUGAUGAGGAUACAUUAAAACUCAAUCUAAAGAGAUUUUGCAGCGAAAAAGUUGGCUUGACGAUAGCGGCCAAAGCCUUUCUAGGUGGCAAAAGAUCCGGGAACGUAUGGAUUUUCGAGAAAGAUAAGUACCCCAAUCAGUGUAUUGGAAAAGUUAGAUUUCUUUGGAAGAGCGAACCAUCGACGGAUGGUAGAAAAACUUUGUGGCUGUUUGCACAUCCCGUAUUCUACUCUAAACUAGUAGAGGAGUUGAUUCUGAUGUUUGAUUUGAAGAAUGCUUAUCGAAACGAUGAACCUAUGAAAGUUGAAAUUACACCUGACUUAGCGAAAAUUACCAAAAAUCAUGGCACCGUGCGAACUCCUAAAUACAGCAAUCAAUCUACAGCGAUAUCAGUCACGGAAUUGAAAGAUACCAUGAACUACUUCCGUCUGACCGGACCAUUGUCCCAUGCCGUUUUGAGCAAGGCUUUAAAACCUUACAGCCAACUUGAUAGUAAAGAACUGAAUAAUUGGUUCUCGAAUUGGAUAGAAAUAGCCGACAAUCAGAAGACACUGAACGAACAAAGUUCAUUCUGGGAGCAAACCAAAAAUCUAACAUCCCCUGGAGAGCUCAGUUCUGGUUUGGUUGUUGGUCUGCUAGUGGAAGACCCUAGACUCAAUCGACCUAAAAAACGUACAAAAGCGCUUCCAACUACCGUUGCAUCUUGCCGUGCAUCACUGGACACCGGUAUCCGUUUGACAUACUCUCCUAUCUGGUCGGAGUCAAUCCGCAACAGGAUAACAGAGGAAAUGCUAUCAACGCAUGAGUUAAACCUUCUCAGAACUAAAGAGAGCUUAGUUCCAGGUGAACGAUGCUCCUCCGAGAAGAGUAUUCAACCGAUUCCGAUACUGCUUAUGCAAAACUCCGGUUCCCAAGAUAGUGAAUUUAAGCAGCUUGGAUAUGGAGCAGGAUGGGAUUUGAUUGCUCCUUCCGGGUACGGUCUAGCUAUAUGGCAAACGUUGAUUUUGUGGGGAGCGAAACCGGCAGGACUCAAAGAGUUUGAUAUGCAAGCUCUUGAAUCUGGGAUCGACACUACUAGAGUUCCGGAUACAAUUUUAGGGCAAAGUGAAGCCACGCUGGAGUACGAACAAUGUUGGAAUAAAUAUUUCGCCAAGCCAAACAAUCGACGUAUAAAUUACAAGAAGUUGGCUAUCGCAUCCCCGUUUCGGUGUCUCUGGGAUCAGUUGGUAUCGGAAUGGGUCCGAGUGGCAGAUUGCAACUUCUAUGUCUUGCGCGAUCAGGAAGUUUUGAGCAAAAUCCAGCUUGCGUUAAAUCGUAUGUUCAAUUUGAAAUCUGCCCAGGUACCACAAUCUUCGCUUAUUCCGGUGUAUUUAAGCAUGAAGACAAGGGGAAAUCCAGGUGACAAUGCUUUAAUCUGUCUACCCCAUCGCUUGGAUUUUAGAAAGAACAAACAGCACAAGCAAGGGAAUGAUUCCAGUCCAGUAUAUACUGAACCGCUUUGUAAAGAUCUGCAGCAAAGAGAGCGACAUCAGCUUCGUCGCCAGCAUUUGCAAGAGUUGAAAAAAUUGCGAAGCAGAAGGAUCCGUAAGAAGAAGGCUCUUCAAAGAAUGACUCCUGGUACUUUGAUACGGAUAGCAAAACCUCAAAACGUUAAACUCAUCAGGGACCAAUUGACUAAGAUGCGGGAACUAUGGCUUCCAGCAAAACCUGAAAGCAUCAGAAAGCAGUGCAGCAGAGAAUGCUUUGGUUACAUAACUCAGUGUCAAUUUAGUCUGUCAGAAGCAAAGGUCGUUGCCUUAGGAUACGUAACGGCGAAGGGGUUGGAGAAGUUAUUUAAGACAUGUUCUAAGGGAACGUUCAAGGUUCUCGUAAGGGGUACUAAGUCACGUUGCUAUCGUUUUGCAACUAUUAAGGUAAGAACUGACUGAUUUUCCAACUGGAACGGUUACUAUUUGAUUAUAUUAUUUUAAUUGAAUUAAA